AUGACACAGCUAUCCAAGGUUUACGGGAAGGUCUUCACCAUCUGGGUUGGGCACAAGCCGAUGAUUGUUGUGAAUGGCUUUCGUUUGGUGAAGCAAGUGCUCAGCAACUACUCGGAAGAAACCUCAUGUCGUGUAGUAACUCCCUUUGUCAGAGACACAAUGAAAGCAAAGGGUAAGUGUAACCCAUAAAAUCAUUCCCACUGCCCCCACCUCAAUGUUGUUGUUGUUUAGUCCUUUAGUCAUGUCCAACUCUUCGUGACCCCCUGGACCAGAGCACGCCAGGCCGUCCUGUCUUCCACUGCCUCCCGCAGUUUGGUCAGACUCAUGCUGGUAGCUUCAAGAACACUGUCCAACCAUCUCGUCCUCUGUCGUCCCCUUCUCCUUGUGCCCUCCAUCUUUCCCAACAUCAGGGUCUUUUCCAGGGAGUCUUCUCUUCUCAUGAGGUGGCCAAAGUAUAGGAGUCUUAGAACAGUGCUUUCCGCAACCCAAUAAGAAAGAUAUGAACACAAUAAAAUUCAAUGAAAACGAGUUUAAUUGAUUCAAUGAAAUUGAUCCAGUGAUGCCAACUUCUCAAAGCCUGGUAGUCAUUUACACCUCCAGUGCACAGCUGCUACCUCCUAGUCUCUUAGUGUUCCAACUUUGGGAACUACUGGUCUAAGAAAUUAUUCUUGUUCUAUUAUGUUCUGGGUCAAGCCCCCACCCAGGAAACAUGGGACUCCCAUUUGGAUAUCUAGGUAGCAGCCUUCCCAUGAUACACAGCUCCCUGUGGAACAUCCACCCAUCAGAUGUCAAGGAGAUAAAGAACUGCACAACUUUUAGAGGACACCUGAAGGCAGCCCUGUAUCAGGAAGUUUUUUUAAUGUUUGACAUUUUAUUACAUUUUUAUACAUGCUGGAGGCUGUCCAGAGAGGCUCAGGAAACCCAGCCAGAUGAGAGGGGUACAAAUAAAAUAAUAAUAAUAAUAAUAAUAAUAAUAAUAAUAAUAAUAAUAAUUCCUAAAGAAAAUAUGUGCAAGUAAUGGUGUUCACUCAAUAGCAAUAGUGGGUCCACUUACAAUAUACUACAUGAGAAUCAGAAACUUUAUUGUUAGUUAACCUUUGUUUCGCUUUGUAUUUAUGUGCUUAAACCUUGGUUGUUGUUUUUUAAAUUGAAUUCUUCUGUGUUUGUUAAAUUGUUGGCUUUUGUCAUUUUUUAAUUUACUGACAUGCUCUGUAUUUCAUAUAUUUGUAUUUCGGUGUUUUGAAUGUUUGCUGCAAGCCACUUUUGACACAGCUUGUUGCAGAAAACUGGCAUAUUAGUAAACUUACAGGGAGCAAUGCUGGCAUCUGUCUAUCUCAAGAGACAAUGGAGGAGUGCGCCUUGUCAAGCUGUUGAAAGGUUGCAAUGCCUGCUGUGGCUGUAGAGACCGAUGUGGGAGAAACAUGUUUUGUUGCAACUGGGGCAGAUGAAGGUGUCGGGUUGUGCCGCUCCAGAUGCAAUGUCCCACCUUCUCCCAAUAUCCACCUAUUCCAAAGGAAGUUUGUGCCCUUAGGCCUUACUCACAGUCAGUUCAGGGGUGCAACCAAUGAGCAGGGUUCUCGUAGACUUAGAAUUUCAGAGCUGGGGGUGCGUUGCAAGAGGGAACUCCAGCAGGUGGCAGCAGAGAGGCUGCGGAUGGUGCAUUGGAAUAAAGCACAGCAGUCGAGCGGCUGUCUCUUGGCCAUGUUUUAUACAGAUGGUUGGCUUGCAAAAUUCAUUUCUGAACAAUAAUAUCUUGCUGCCCUUAGGUAUCCUGUUUUCAAGUGGCCACACCUGGAAGGAGCAGCGGCGUUUUGGGAUAUCUGUGCUCCGAUCGCUGGGCCUUGGAAGAAGAAGCAUGGAGUUCUGUGUGCAAGAGGAGGCUGGCCACAUGGUGGAGUUCUUCGCAAGCAAGAGAGGUCAGGAAUAUCAUUGAUUCUAAGGCACUUUUCCUAACACCAGGAAUGAACCAGAUCAGUCACCACCAACCAGGUGCCCUCCAGAUGUUUUAAUAAUAAUACAUUUUAUUUAUACCCUGCCCUCCUCAGCCAAGACCGGGCUCAGGGUGGCUAACAACCAAUAAUAAAAACAAGUUGAUUGAAAUACAACUUAAAAAACAGGAUUAAAAUACCACAUUAAAACAUUAAAAUGCAGCCUCAUCACAGGAGGAGAAAGGAAAAAAGAAAGAGGGGGAAGGAAUCAAAUUGAUUCCAAGCCAAAGGCCAGGCAGAACAACUCUGUCUUACAGGCCCUGCGGAAAGAAAUCAGAUCCUGGAGGGCCCUGGUCUCAUGAGAUAGAGCGUUCCACCAGGCCGGAGCCAGUGUUGAAAAGGCCCUGGCUCUGGUUGAGGCUAAUGUAACUUCCUUAGAGCCCGGGACCUCUAGGGUGUUGCUAUUUAUGGACCUUAAGGUCCUCUGUGGGGCAUACCGGGAGAGGCGGUCCUGUAGGUACAAGGGUCCUAGGCCGUGAAGGGCUUUAAAGGUCAAAACCAGCACCUUAAAUCUGACCCUGUACUCCACCGGGAGCCAGUGCAGCUGGAAAAGCACUGGGUGAAUAUGCUCCCAUGGCAGACACCCCGUGAGGAGCCUCGCUGCAGCAUUCUGCACCCGCUGGAGUUUUUGGGUCAGCUUCAAGGGCAGCCCCACGUAGAGCGAAUUACAGUAGUCAAGCCUGGAGGUGACUGUCGCAUGGGUCAUUGUGGCCAGGUCGGGGCGGGAAAGGUAAGGGACCAACUGCUUAAUGCGGCAAAGGUGGAAAAAUGUCGCCUUGGCUGUUGCUGUAACCUGUGCCUCCAUGGAAAGGGAGGUGUCAAGGAUUACACCCAAACUCUUAACGGAAGGCAAUGACACUAAUUGGGCUCCCACAAGAGUAGGGAUUUGGUCCUUCAUCCCCGUAUCAUCCUGACCCAGCUAGAGGACCUUUGUCUUCGAAGGAUUUAGAUUUUGGACUGCAAUGCCCAUCAUUCACAGAAUCAUAGACUUGUAAGGGAUCUCAAGGGUCAUCUAGUCCAGCCCCCUGCAAUGCAGGAAUCACAGCUAAAGAAUCCUUGACAUAUGGCCAUCUGUCAUGGACUGGUGGGAUGCAGAGGACUGAUGGGAGGCACCAGCUGGGGAACUCCCAAGGGAAGAAGGCUCAGAGCCCAGGGAGUGGUGGUGGGAUGGUGAUGAGUGGUCAGUGGGAGAAGAUUGGGAAGAGGAGGUGUUGGAAGCUGAAGAGGCAACAGGGUUUAGUGAUCAGGAAGAGGCUGAGGCAGAGAGCAAUCCAGAAGCAGAGGCAGAAGCAGAAGCAGAGGCUGGCGAAGAGAGAGGGCAAGAGGCAGAGAUGAGGCUGGCUGCUGCAGAAGUCAGGAGGACUCUCCUUCCUGCUGUGACCAGCUCCCCUCCCCGCUGGUCUCCCAGAACAUGAAGAGGGAUGAGUGAAGACAGGCAAGAUGAUGAAGCCUCAGAUUGCUUGGGAAGGAACCGGAGAAGGAAGAGACUUAGGAAGCUGUGGGAAACUGGGGACUUUUAGUCCUUGAAACUACCUCAUAGCGGCAAAUCCUACCAGGAAGCGUUGCUGUGCUAGGCCUGGCCUCCUGAGCUGUCUGUGUUUUUUUGAAUAAAGAGUUAACUUUGCUGGAGCCGUGUGAGUUAUUGCUGACUCCAGCUGCAUCCAACCACUGCGUAAAAACCUCUGGUGAAGGAGAGUCUACCAGAUUCCCAGGGAGUCUGCUCCACUGCCAAACAGCUCUUGUCUACACUGACAUGGGCUUAUGGGUAUUGUCAUACAAAACAUCUGGAGGGAACCAGGUUGAAGGCUGCAUCAGGCUAUGCAUCCAUGAGGACUGGUGUUAACAGGGGAAUGCGAACAGUUUUGCUGGAUCAGAAUAAAGGCCCAGGAAUGGCGGCAUGGGAAGCAAACAAUCAGGUCACAGGGGGUGUGCAGUCUGCUUCUAUCUGCUGUGUGUCCACUUGGUGCCACAAUGAUGUCAGGUGAUUGGCAGGUAGGUUGCCCUGCCCACUUGUCAAAGUUGGCCCCCUGGGGUGGAUUCCUUUCCCCCUGUGAUCAGAAGGCCUAAAGGAGCAAUGUGGUUAAAAGAAGAGCAAAACAAACAAGUUGCCCUUAGAAGGGAGCAGGAGCUGAACGAUUAUGCAGAUAAACUGUAUGUGACCUUUCCAACACGCAUUCAACACUGCUCAGAGUGUUCAUUGUGACAGAGGACACCUGUAUUUUUCUAGGCGAAUCUGUAGACCCUAGAACCCCCCUCUUCCAUGCCUUCUGUAGUGUGAUCUCCAACGUAAUUUUUGGACACCCUUUCGACAUUGAAGACAAAGUGUUUCAGAAGCUGAUAGAAUGCAUUGAGUACGAAGCACAUUUUUUCCUCUCCACAUUUCAUUUGGUGAGCGACUUUGCUAUUUUGCUAUAUUAUAUUAUUGCAAGACAAAAUGUCAUUUUGACUAGCAGCCCCUGGUGUGUAUUUAUACCCGAAGGAACGUCUCCUCCCCCAUCGUUCAGCCUGGACACUGAGGUCCAGCGCUGAGGGCCUUCUGGCGGUUCCCACACUGCAAGAUGUGAGGUUACAGGAAACCAGGCAGAGGGCCUUCUUGGUGGUGGCACCUGCCCUGUGGAAUGCCCUCCCAUAAGAUGUCAAGGCACUAAGCAACUAUCUGACUUUUAGAAGACAUCUGUAGGCAGCCCUGUUUACGGAAGUUUUUAAUGUUUGAUGUUUUAUUCUGCUUUUAAUCUGUUGGGAGCCACCCAGAAUGGCUGGGGGAAUCCAGACAGAUGGACAGGGUAUAAAUAUUAUUAUUAUUAUUAGUCUCUGAGUAUUUGUAUAUGCAUGUGUGUGUGUGUGUGUGUGUGUGUGUGCGCGCACGCGCACACCACACACACAAUCUUACCAGUUUUGCAAGGCGCUUUCAUGCCACCUCUUGCCUGGCCUGAUCCUUCUUCCAUUUGAGGGAGAUACCAGCCACCAGGGAGAAUGUGCUGGCGAAAAGUUGAUUCCAUUUGUGAAAGCUUGAUGGGACACCUCAGGCCUCCUUGGUGUCAGCAAUCCAAUGAAGAGACAUGAGCAGUGGGACACCUGAGCCAAUGUGGAGCUGUGCUUAGAGUGUCAGACUAAGACUGGGGAGACCUAGGUUCAAAUCCCCACUGGGCCAUGGAGCUCCUUGGGUGACCAAGGGCCAGUCACUGCCUCUCAGCCUAACCUAUCUCACAGGGCUAUUGUAGGAAUUACCGUAUUUGUCGCUCUAUAAGACACACUUUUUCCUCCUAGAAAGUAAGGGGAAAUGUGUGUGCGUCUUAUGGAGCAAAUGCAGGCUGUGCAGCUAUCCCUGAAGCCAGCAGAGCAAGAGCAAGAGCUCUUGUUCUGCUGGCUUCCCAGUGAAGCGGGAAGAGGAACAAAAGGGAGCCCUUACGGAGGCUCUUCCGUCCCUCAUCCUGCUUUGCUGGGAAGCCAGCAAACCAAGAGGCGGUGCGCAGCUCUUCCUCUUGCUCUGCUGGCUUCAGCGAAAGCAGCGCAAAGCCUCUUCAGCAAAGCGGGAGGAACGCUCUUGUUGUGAUGCCUUAGCCUCUUGUUGUGAUGCCUUAGCCUGAUCCUCCCUCCUCCUUCCUCUUCAACAACAUUCGAUUCAGAAUAUAUUUUUUCUUGUUUUCCUCCUCUAAAAACUAGGUGCGUCUUAUGGUUGGGUGCAUCUUAUAGAGCGAAAAAUACAGUAAAUGAGGAGGGAACCAUGUCCACUGCGUUGAGCUCCUUGAAUAAAAGAUGCCCAUUGAAGCAUCUGGUUGGCCACUGUGAGAACAGGACGCUGGACUGGACAGGCCAUUGGCCUGAUCAAGAUCCAGGACUCUCCUCACGUUCUCUCUCUCCCCCUCCAGUUGUACGAACUGUUUCCGUGGCUGAUGCGCCACCUCCCAGGACCCCACCAGAAGGCCUUCUCAUGCUUGGAGCAUAUCCAUUCAUUUGGAAGGAGUGAGAUCAGAAGGCACAAGGAGAAGAGGGAAACAGAUGAACCACGGGAUUUCAUUGACUUCUAUCUGGAUGAAAUAAAUAAAGUAAGUGGCUGUUGGAAUGGGGACAAUUUGCUCUUCAAGGGGAGACGCCUCCAGGGCCCCGAAGGAACACCAUUCUCUGUAGGUUGUUGGCUCUGUCCAAAGCAUGGAUGUAUGAGUCUGCCACUUUUGGUUUUCUCUUCUUCUUCCUUAGCCUCAAGUCCAGUUUGCCAUGUUUCUGCAUCAGCUUGUGGAUUUAUUUAUUUCAUAAGAUUUAUAUACUGCUUGAUAGUUAAAAAAAAGGGGGGACCCCAAAAAACCUCAAAGCAGUUUACAAAAGGAAUAAGUCAAUGAAUUUGUCUAGUGUUGGACUACUGCCUAGGAGACCAGGAUUCAAAUCCCCACUCAGCUCACCAAGUGACCAUGGCCCAGCCACUGCCCCUCACAGCCUAGCCUACCUCACAGGGGUGUUGUGGGGAUUAAAUGAGGGUGGGGGAGAACCAUGUACACCACACCCCUUGAGCUGCUUGGAGAACAAAGAUGGGAUAUCCGUGUAAUAAAUCAAUAUAUUCACUGUCGACAACAGAAGAAGGAAGACCCCGAAUCAACCUUUGACGAAGCCAACUUGGUUCAUGUCAUUUACGACCUCUUCACAGCUGGGACAGAUACUGGUUCAUCCACUUUGUGCUGGGCUCUGCUCUUCAUGGUGGUUUAUCCAGACAUCCAAGGUGAGAGCCGGGAUGUCAAUGCUCUUGAAAUGUUUCGGUCCAGAGGGAGUUUGUGCAGAAGCUGGGCACCGGAAAAGCGGAAGAGGGCCGUGGCCCAAAUCAAGUACAGUUUUUUUAAUGUGGUGUGUGUGUGAGAAAACCCACAUAUUCAUUGUUGGUUUGAAAAGUUCCUAAGCAUUUCUGUACACCCACAUCAACAUGUAACAACUAGGGCAAUUCAUUGUAUCUUCUGGUAAAAAGUCCUGUCCUGAUGGCACCACCAGUUUUCAAUAUGACUUUCUGCCCCCGUGAAUUGGAACUCAAUAUGGUGUCCAUGGUCACCAUAUUGUAUUACUGUCAAAAUGUGUAUAUUCGGAGAAAUAUACAUAGUUUUCCUCUUUUUUCCAGUCUUCAGAUCUCUUUAUUUCUUCACCAUUUUGCAAAUUCCACUCCCUGCCCCACGCUCCUAGUCCUCAUGAAAAUCUGUCAGCAUUUUAAGUGCGUAUUUCUUCCCCCAAAAACACAUUUUUGUAUGCAGUGUUUGCCUAAUAUAGAUACUUUUGCAACAUCUAAAUAAUAUAAAGCAUUUUCCCCUGUUAUUUUAACUACGCCAGGCACACCUUUCCCUAAUACACAUAUUUCUGUACACAUUUUCCAUUGGGGAAUUGCAUGACUUUCAGGGCUGGUGCUCAGCGGCCAUUUCUGAUACUUUGAAUCACUCUGAGCUUGUGUUGGAAUGCAUUAAUUGUUUGAUGAAUUUGUGUUUGUUUGGGUUUUUUGCCAUAUUUAUGCACUGUUGUAUUUUUUAUAUGAUUAUAGAGAUUGCAAUGUGUUUUAAUUUUUGAUGCUGUUGUUAAUUGUGAGCCACUUUGCACUCAAUAAUGUUGCAAAUGUGGGAUGCAAAUAAUAGAAUGAUAGAAUUGCAGAGAUGGGAGGGACCCAGAGGGUCUCUCUUCCAACCCUCUGUGAUGCAGGAAUCACUUUUAUUAUUAAAUUAGGUCAAAUCAAAUGAUUUGGAGAAGUGCACAUUUUGAAGAGUAGUUGUGUUUUGCUACUUGUCUUGUUUUGAAAGGGGCGAAAUGGGAAUUUUAAUGCAAAUCAAGCAAAAUUUCAUCCCCACCCGUAUCCUUAGGGAUUCAUUUCCACCUCAAUUACAAAUGUCUUUAUGGACUGAGGGUGCCGUAGGGUUUCUAGAGCUGCGCGGUCAUCAUAGUAAGAUUGCUUUGGUUCUAAAUGUGAACAUGAUUCCACAGAGAAAGUUCAGGCCGAGAUUGAUGCUGCUGUGACACGUUCCCAACGCAUCUCCUAUGAGGAUCGGAUGAACCUGCCCUACACCAAUGCUGUCAUUCAUGAAAUCCAGCGCUACAAAUACGUUCUCUUGGUUGGAAAUUUCAGGCAAUGUGCAAAGGAUGCAACUAUUUUUGGUUUUCCCAUGAAAAAGGUACAGAACUCCCCCCCCCCAACAACAAAAUUAAAAUUUAGUGCACAUCCUGCCAAUAGCUAGACUGAUGAGGGUCUUCUAGAUAGUGGGCAGCAUGUGCCCAGCAGAUCAAGUCUCCCUGGUUUAUUUAUACUCCACACUUCCUCACAAAUGAAUCCCAAGGCUGCUAACAAAUACAUCAUAAUACAAAGUACAAUCAGGGCUUUUUUUUUCCAGCCAGAACUCGCUGGAAAUCAGUUCUGGCACCCCUCAGGUGGGUGCCAUCGCCAUUGUAAGAGAACAAGGGAGGUAUUCAUGGUGAGUUCCUUCACGUCUUUUUCUAGAAAAACACCACUGAGUACAAUGAUAACAAAGCCCACCUAAAAUACCAAUUAAAGGCAUACAAAACAAUCAUAAUGAAAGAAAUUGUGCAGUAGUCUGACUUCCUGCACUCCUAUAAUGUUUUCCUGAGCUAGGCUCAGGGAAGAAUUUCAGGAGUCACAGAUGCCCAUAUUAAAUGAGAGCUGGAUUCUUCACUGGCUUGGAUCAAAAUCUGAGCCUUGGAAGAAUUACAGGAUUCCUUCCAUGUAUGUCUACCAGCCGUCCCAGCCUACCAGAGCUCUCCUCCCUUUCUGUUUAUCUGGCAACUCAAGGUACCAAAAGCAGCAUUAUACAGCGGUCCGAAGGCCAGGUUAAACUCAGGCAGUUUGUGUCUCUCUUUGCAGGAUACAGUAAUUAUUCCUGAUAUAGCAUCUGUGCUAUAUGACCCUGAAGAGUGGGAGACGCCUCACCAGUUCAACCCAAACCACUUCCUGGAUAAAGAAGGGAACUUCUUCGUCAGAGACGCCUUCAUUCCAUUUUCAAUAGGUAAAUGUGACUUGCCAUUCAGUGCAGAGCGCAUUGGAAUGGCUGGUUCUAGAGCAGAGUUUCCCAACCUUGGGUCUCCAGCUGUUUUUGGACUACAAUUCCCAUCAUCCCUGACCACUGGUCCUGCUAGCUGGGGAUGAUGGGAGUUGUAGUCCAAAGGCAGCUGGAGACCCAAUGUUGGGAAACACUGGGCUAGAGCAAGGAAGGGUGGGGCUACAUUUUUUCAAACCAAGGACCACAUUUCCUUUUGGGCAAGAUACAAAUGUGAGCAGGGCAGCGAAUACAGAUGUUGCCUUGUGACAGUUUUCUACGCACACUCCCUCUGUAUCCCCAAAUCCAGGCAAAAACACCCAAGAAGGGUAUGAAGGAGGGUUGUUGAAUGGUGCAACUCAGGAGGGCAUGAGAUCUGGGGGGAGCGCCAAGGGCCAGGUAGAGAGGUCUUAAGGGCCACAUACCUUAGGCCUGAGGUAUCCCAAUCCCUGGACUAGAGACGUCAACACAACAUGGGCGAAAUCUCUUGGAAAACCUUAUGUUGUUGGUCACCCUAAGCUGUCCAGUUAUUACAGUGGGUAGUAUCUCCUUCCUUAGGAAAGCGUUUCUGUCUUGGGGAGAAUCUGGCGAGGAUGGAGAUUUUCCUCUUCUUCACUAACCUGCUGCAAGCAUUCACGUUACGGCUGCCUGAUGGCGUGCGGGAGAUCAACACAAACGCUGUGAGAGGAGGGUUAGCUGUGCAACCGUAUCCUUACAUGAUCUGUGCUGUUCCUCGCAAGGCUACAGCUUGGAAGAGGGAACAAGAGGCUAG